UCGUUUUGUAUGUAAGGUCUUUAAUUAAAGUAAGGCCCACAAACAGGUGAAAAAUCCCUCGCAGGGAAGCUUAGUACUCGUAAAUAUGACAUUUGCGAUGGGCAAUUCUUCUUCUCCUUUUCAUUGAAAUCUUUUCGUGUACCUGAGCACAUCUCACAACAAUCGCUCCUGAUUGGCCUCCAGAGGCGACGCUUCGUCCCAAACAUGGAUCUAUGCAGCACCACUGGUAGAGGUGUCAGCCUGAACCAUGUAUCCAAAGUGCGGCAAGGAUUGUCUACGUUCGUUUCGCGCGGCCGACGCGUCGCCCCUUUUUCAGCAGCACGGAUGACUCGAGGGCAUUGGUUCGUUGCGUCGUCUGCUGCAUCAGUGCCUGCACCAGACAGUGGGGCCGAUGGUGGUCUGGCGCAGAAGGUUGCAAACUUUCCUAACGCAUUCUGGAAAUUUCUUCGGCCCCAUACAAUUCGAGGAACUAUCCUCGGCACAACAGCGGUGACAGCAAAAGCCCUAAUCGAGAAUCCACAGUGCAUAGACUGGUCUCUGCUGCCUCGUGCACUACUGGGGCUGGUCGCACUGCUUUGCGGGAACGGCUACAUCGUCGGAAUUAACCAAAUUUAUGACGUCGACAUCGACGUCUUGAACAAACCCUUCCUUCCCGUUGCCUCAGGAGAACUAUCCCCUGCGCUGGCAUGGGCCCUCUGCCUGUCAUUAGCAGCGGCCGGCGUGUCCGUCGUGGCAAAUAACUUUGGGUCGGUGAUCACGUCGCUCUACACCUUUGGGCUUUUCCUGGGGACUAUCUACAGCGUGCCGCCCCUGCGACUAAAGCAGUACGCGGUACCAGCAUUUAUGAUCAUUGCCACUGUCCGUGGAUUCCUGCUAAAUUUUGGGGUAUAUAGCGCAACACGGGCUGCUUUAGGCCUGCCGUUCGAGUGGAGUCCUGCAAUCAGCUUCAUCACGGUGUUCGUGACGGUUUUCGCGAUUGUCAUCGCCAUAACAAAGGACCUCCCGGAUGUUGAGGGCGACCAGGCCAACAACAUCAGCACCUUUGCAACGCGGUUGGGUGUUCGGAACGUGGCGCUCCUAGCUAUUGGAUUGCUCCUGGCGAACUAUCUUGGGGCGGUGGGGCUUGCGCUCACGUACUCGACUGCCUUCAAUGUGCCCCUAAUGGCGGGAGCGCACGCCCUCCUCGGCUGCGUGCUGCUGCUACGGACGCUCAAGCUGCACACCGCUGGCUACACGCGUGAGGCCGUGGCGUCAUUUUACCGCUGGAUAUGGAACCUGUUCUAUGCGGAGUACGCUUUGUUGCCGUUCUUGUAAACCCGCUGGAACGCGCGCAUGGGUUCGCGGGCACCGUGAGUGCCAUUGAGCGUUGCGUUGGCGCGAAGUUGCAUGAAAGGGACUCAGGUCCAACGGCAGGGGAGAGGCGUAACCAGUGCAAUGGCGGAAAACGGCUGGUUCAGAAAGCCAGUGGAGCAAAAUUUAGUGUGGGGGGUGAGGUUCAGAAGGGGGUUGGGUGUAUGCUCGCAUUGUGUAGGUCAAAACAUACUGGGCUUACCUGUUCGCACCAUCGGAAGCACGUUUCGCCGUUGGUUAAAGGUCUUAUGUGUUUGGGGAAUGCCGUCCCUAUUUCCCGAUAUAGUGUGGGCCCCGCCUGCAGACUGCCACCUUUGUUGGACGCGUUUCAUGCCAAGAACUUUUGGAGGCCUGUGCUACCUUCGAAUGCAUUUGCAAGUGCGUCUUAGCUACCAUGCGUGACUGACUGACUGGCUGACUGACUGCCGGGUCGCACGUGGCACACUGAAACGUGUGUAGUGCGGCGGUGAGGUUUCCCAUGUCAGUACUUGACAAUGCCCUGCUAUCGUGAAUGCCUGCCUGUCAACAAGAGAACCGGAAUUUAGCCCCACUGCAGAAGUGCACUCGCUAUUUUUCAUUCUACAGGUAUGCGAGCCAUGGUAGGUAAGGUGAGUCGUCUUCAGCUGAGUAUGGUGGAAAGCAUGGAAGUCGCAACCCAGCGCACCUCUCACGUCCCGGCGUUGUCACCAGGUCCCACUGGAUGCUCUUGACAACUUGUUCCAGAUACAGCGUAGCUUGAUGCGUGUGAAGCUGGCAAGUUCAAACAAAGCUGUAUGCUUGCUGAUGGCGAUAUUGAAUUGCAUGGCUACCGAAAGUCGGUUAGCGUCCGUUUGUGAAUUGAUGCUGUAUGGACAAUAGGCGAUGCCAUCUUGUAGGUUAUGCGGCCUGAUCCAUUUUCCUCGAAUUGCAAGCAUUAGACAGUCGACCACCCACGCGUCCGAAAGGCUUAGCUGGACAAGUCGGGUGUCGGCUUCCUCGAAGCUGUAAGAAGGGCGGGGGCCCCCUGCGUCCGUACAGGCCGGUAUCUAGGGUAGUGUCAACGUGGUGGGAGCUGUGCUUGUUGCAGCAGUGCUGAUGCUGUGGGAGCUAUGCUUGUCAGAGCGCGGGAGGCAGGAAGCCGGGGCUCAUAACCUGUUGAAGAGACGGUGUCUCUCUGGAACCUAGCAGACACGGCUAAGAGUCAUUGGCCGUUACAUGUAGUCUGGAGGUCCG